AGAGAGAGAGAGAGAGAGAGAGAGAGAGAGAGAGAGAGAGAGAGUCAGUGACUGAAGAAGUGAAGAUCACUCACUUUCACACCCACCUCAGAGACCUCAUCGGCUGAUCUUUUACACCUUCAGUACGACGAGAGCGAAGGAGGAAGAAGAAGGCGAUGACGAACAAGGAGAAAGCGCGGGAGAGAAGGGAGAAGAGGAUGCAGGAGAUCUCUCUCCUUCGAACCAUCCCUUACUCUGACCACCAGAGAUGGUGGUCUUCUGACAAUGUAGCAGUGGUGACUGGUUCAAACCGAGGUAUCGGACUCGAGAUCGCGAGACAGCUCGCUAGCCACGGAUUGACCGUUGUUCUUACAGCCAGAAACGUCAAUGCUGGUGUCGAAGCAGUUACUUCCUUGAGGCACCAAGAAGAAGGUCUCAAGGUUGAUUUCCAUCAGCUUGAUGUCACGGACUCUUCCUCGAUUAAAGAGUUUGGUUGCUGGAUUAAACAAACAUUUGGAGGUCUUGAUAUUCUCGUGAACAACGCAGGUGUCAACUACAAUCUUGGCUCAGAUAACUCUGUUGAGUUUGCUGAGACGGUUGUAUCUACUAAUUACCACGGAACCAAAAACAUGAUCAAAGCUAUGAUACCGUUGAUGAGACCCUCUCCUCAGGGAGCUCGUAUCGUUAACGUUAGUUCCAGGCUAGGUAGAGUAUACGGAAGACGUAAUAGGCUUGCGAAUGUAGAGUUGAGAGAUCAGCUAAGCAAUCCGGAUUCUCUGACAGAAGAACUUAUAGACCGAACCGUCUCUACAUUCAUCGACCAAGUGAAAGACGGAACUUGGGAAUCAGGCGGGUGGCCUCAGACGUUUACUGACUACUCCAUGUCUAAGCUUGCUGUCAAUGCUUACACUAGAAUGAUGGCGAAAGAGCUUUCGACAAGACAGGAGGGAGAGAAGAUUUAUGUUAACAGCUUUUGUCCUGGUUGGGUGAAGACUGCAAUGACUGGCUUCGCUGGUAAUAUGUCUCCUGAAGAUGCAGCUGAUACCGGAGUUUGGCUUAGCUUGGUUCUCUCUCAAGAGGCUGUUACCGGAAAAUUCUUUGCAGAGAGACGUGAGAUUAACUUCUGAAAGGAAGGUUGGUGAAAGCUUGAUGGAUUAUGUAGUGGCUUUUUUUUUCUUUGUCAAAGCUUUUCAGAAAACAAUGCCACUUACUAAGUUGAUGGUUAUACAAAACAAUUCUACAAAAUACAGACAAGAAA